UCAUUCUUCCCCCCUUCAGUGAUGGACAAGCUAAGCUCUUUUAAUGCAGUCAUGCUCUUUAAAGUUAAACAUCCUCUGAGGAGUGUAAGUGGACUGCAUGUCAGCUGUAUUUUACUCUGUAAGUUGAUCUUAAUACUUUAAUUUUCAGUCACGUGUAAAUGACUAUUAGGAGUUUUGGUUUAAUUCGAGUAAUAGAACACCACAAUGCAGUUUUUCACCAGUUCAUCCUAAAAGCACCAAUAAUCAUAGGGUUCCUGCGCGCGGCGUCUUGGCGCGCCUCAGUGAAAACAGCGAGCCAUUGCUUUGACGUCACGGUGGUGAUGAUGAUGAUUGGAAUCCGCACGGCGAGUGUAGUGCGCGUGAAGCGGCUCCUGUGAACCUCAGUAUGUUGAUGCCUUAAUAACAAGUGUUCAAUUUACGCGCCAAUUGCAGGAGCACUCAAGGAGAGAAGCAAAUCCGUGAGAUGGUUCGGUAGAUGUCGAUGUAAUGGAUUUGACUAAAAUGGGUGCGAUCCACCUCCAGAAUCCCAGCCACCCCACAUCGCUCCUGCAGAAGGCCAACCAGAUGCGCCUCUCUGGGACAUUGUGUGAUGUGGUCAUCAUGGUCGACAGCCAGGAGUUUCAUGCCCACAGAACCGUGCUUGCAUGUGCUAGUAAGAUGUUUGAGAUCCUGUUCCACCGCAACAGCCAACAUUACACUCUGGACUUCCUCUCACCAAAGACCUUCCAGCAAAUUCUGGAGUACGCCUACACCGCCACGCUCCAAGCCAAGCUGGAGGACCUGGACGACCUGCUGUACGCUGCAGAGAUUUUAGAGAUAGAAUACUUGGAGGAGCAAUGUCUGAAGAUCUUGGAAACCAUCCAGGCGUCCGAAGAGAACGACACGGACGUGAAUAUGAAUGAAAACGGCGCCGAGGAUGCAGAUGACCGCAGGAUCAAGUACCUUAAGAGCACAUUUAUCUCUAAAAAGCAUUCCAUACAGGAUGCCGGCCAUCGCCAUCGCUUGGCGCUGGUCAGCAUGGUCGAUAAGAGAUCUUCAGAGUCCAGCCAGCUGGGUCUUUCAACCGUCAGCCCGACUAAAGCAGCCGUAGAGGGCCUGAUGAGCAUGGGACAGUCCGUCCUCCAAGGAAACAUGGCCCAGAGUUUCUCAAACAACCUUGGCAACUCAUCUCCAUUGCUAGAUAAAAUCAAGACUGAGAUGAUGCAGGUAGACGAGGACUACCAACACGAAGGUGGCUUCCCCAGGAACGGGGAGGGCGGAGGUGACUCCAGGCAGCUCCGGGACACUCCUGGAACCCCAACCAGAGGUAGCGUCAUCACCAGCGCCCGCGAGCUCCACUCUGCCGAUAGUUCUGCUGAUUCCCAAGGAGACAACAGCCAAGUGGGUCUAGUCAAUAUGGCCAGUCUGGCUGAUAGACAUUUCGCUUCGCUGUGCUCUAUCCCGUCCAACCAUAAGAGCGAAAGCAUGCUGCCCUUGCCUGUGUCCAUGGCCUCGUCCCUACAUGUGCCGUCCUCCCUGGCCAUGUCGAUGGAUUUCAGUGCCUAUGGUGGGCUCUUCCAUCAGAGCUUGAUUCAGAGGGAGUUCUUAAGCAAGCUUGGGGAUUUCACAGCGAAUGUCAAGCAUGAGGUCCAAACCCAGAAAGAAAGAUGUGAGGUGUGUGAUCUUGAGCUGCCUGAUAAUGAAGCUGCUGAGCAACACAGGAAGUUGCACGGUGGAGUGAAGACCUUUGGCUGUGAGUUCUGCGGAAAGCAGUUCCUGGACAGUUUACGAUUGAGGAUGCACAUGCUGUCUCAUUCAGCUGGACCAAAAGCACUAGUAUGUGAUCAGUGUGGCGCUCAGUUUUCCAAGGAAGACGCCCUGGAAGCCCAUCGACAGACUCACACAGGCUCGGACAUGGCAGUGUUUUGUCUCCUAUGUGGGAAGCGUUUCCAGACCCAGAAGGCUUUGCAGCAGCACAUGGAGAUUCACGCCGGCAUGCGUAGCUACAUCUGUAGCGAGUGCGAACGCACCUUCCCGAGCCACACAGCGCUCAAACGCCAUCUCCGCUCGCACACAGGUGACCACCCGUUCGAGUGCGAGUUCUGCGGGAGCUGCUUCCGUGACGAGAGCACUUUGAAGGGUCACAAGCGCAUCCACACCGGAGAGAAGCCUUAUGAAUGUAACGGCUGCGGCAAGAAGUUCAGCCUCAAGCACCAGCUGGAGACCCACUACCGCGUCCACACAGGUGAGAAGCCGUUUGAGUGCAAGCUGUGCCACCAGCGCUCUCGGGACUACUCCGCCAUGAUCAAACACCUGCGUACCCACAACGGCGCUUCGCCCUACCAGUGCACCAUCUGCCAGGAGUACUGCCCCAGCCUCUCGUCCAUGCAGAAGCACAUGAAGGCCCACAAGCCCGAGGACGUGCCCCCGGACUGGAGGAUAGAGAAAACCUACCUGUACCUCUGCUACGUGUGAGACGGCCCGACAAAACCGAAUGAGAAAGUGGCAAGAUGCGCCCAAGGACAAUUCACCUGAAGGUUUGCUUUUGGUUCAGGCCAAAGACGGUGAGGGGGCGUGGUUAAAGUGAUGAAAUGUGAUGUGGAUUUUUUUGACCUUUUGUUUGUGACAAAUGCACAUUUUUAGGAUGUAACUGCACUCACAAAUGUUUAUGAAAUGGAAAUGUUAUAUGUGAUAUAGGGAUGUGAAUUUUGAGAAGGUGUUAGUACAGUCCACCACUAUGAUGAGAAUCCAUUUGUCUGCAUUCCACCCUGUUGAUUGGAGAAAUUCACUACAUGAUCAUACUUGUAAUGUUUUAUUCAAAUAAGGAUUCCCGUAAUUUUUUCUCCAUGGACGACACAUAAGCCAUAGAUUUUCAAGACCCCAUGAAAUCUCCUGGAGGUGAGAAUGUCAUAGGGAUCAUCCACUAGGGUUUAGUUACAUCAUAACCAUCAUUUUAAGCGCAUAUCCGUUAAAGGUCAACAUUUAGAAUACGCUAGCAACCUCAGAGCUGACACACGUGGACCCUAAGCCUCCUAUUUUGAUUUCAUGGGGUCUUAAUGGAGCUAUUCUGAGUCAAAUAAAAACAUGGACCAAAGCUGAAAACUCACACACACGAUGAAAUAGAGGAACUAAACACAUUAGAGAAUGAAAUUAUGCCCUUUUUUAGUAAAUUGCUCCCUUAAGUUCAUUAUUAGGCUCUCUAGUCCUCAAUUUUCAUGUUUUUUUUUUAUUUUUUUAUUAAUGCAUGCAAGGAAAUGCACAGGGUUGAACCCAUUAGUCAUUUUCUUUAAAGCGUAAUAAAGUGCUUAACAAAACAGCUUUUCUCAGUGGUACAUCCAAAUUGUGCUGCCAAGCAACUGUAGUGGAUGUUCAGGGACAUUUAUUCAACCUUAAAUAACUACACUGUGCACUUUCAGAGUUUCAGAGGCCCGUUUUUUGUUGUUUUCAGCACCAUUUCUGCAUUUAGUGUAUUCAGACGAAGCCAGAGAGGUGAAUCUCUGCAAUUUGCUUUCAUUUCAGUCACUUUCACACCAAAUAAUACAGCAUGUCAGUUGAUUUAGUUGUUAUGUUCACAUGAUGAAAUUGCAGGCAUUUUAGUCUAAUGAAAUGUUCAUAUCAUACUCAUAAAUCAAUAUCUGAAUUAAAAAGAGAUUAUUUUUUACAUUUAAAAACCGCGAUGCAGUAUAUGUUUCUGCAGUCUUCUGCUGAAGAUACCUGUAGUUAGCGCCAUUGUAGUUUGUGUUCUGUCAUCUCUGUUCAAACGUUUUACUUGAAUUGCCUAAUUGUGUUACCUCACAUGCUAGAUUUAUUUUUGUACUAGUCUUUGUCUCUCAUUUCCUGCUGAGCUUUGUUUAAAAGUUGUACAGCGCAUUUAGAAUAACCACAUCAUCAGACCCACACGGAAUCCGAGAGAAAUUUAAGAGAAAAUUGGAACGUUUGUUCGCAACAUUCUAUAUAUCUGCUGCCCCUUAUGUGUUUAUGUUUUGGUUAAUUGGUAAAUGUUUUAUUUAUCAAUAAAACUGUAGUACUUUACAUUUAAGGCAUUUUACUAUGUUUAAAUCUAUUCUGCACUACUAAAAAAUAUUGUAAAGGUGAGGUCACAUUUGCCUUUUUGUUUGUCGAAUUUCAACGGGCAAAAUCGCAGUACUAAUUCAUGGUAAUACGUAACUAUUUUAUGUUUUGGCAAUUUGGUUACCAAUUGGUGUAAAUUUGUACAAUCUCAUUUAUACUUUUUGUACGCUCUGCUUACGCCCCAUUGAUGGUUAAGUUGAGGGGUGGACCUUCACGCUUGCGUAUUUUUCUAAAAAUCAUCCAUUUCCACACAAAUCAAAUUGUACCAAUUCAUAAAAAUCACCUCCUCAUAAAAUAGUUACGUUUUCUCAUGAGAUCAGGUUGGAAAUCCAGUCUUUUCAAUAGGAAUCAACAUGAUCAGGAAUUUUACACGAGGGUGAAAGAUUUCCAUUUUUGCAGAUUUUGCAACGCGUUCAAAUUCAUCUCUUUUUUUUAUCGCACAUUUUCAUCGAAUCACAUCAUACACAUUCAUACGAAAUCACCACCUCGUAAAAUAAUUACCUUUCCUCAUGAGAUCAGGUUAGAAAUCCCGUCAUUUCAAUUGGAAUCAACUUGAUCAGAAAUUUAAAAUGAGGGCGAAAGAUUUCCAUUUUCGUAGAUUUCGCAACAGGUUCAAAUUCUUUUUUUUCUUUUUUUAUUUCACAUUUUCAUAUGUAUCGCAUCAUAUGGAUUCAUACGAAAUAGCCACCUCGUAAAAGAGUUACCUUUUCUCAUGAGAUCAGGUUGGAAAUCCAGUCACUUCAAAAGAAAUCCAAAUGAUCAGGAAUUUCAUAUAAGAGCGAAACAUUUCCACUUGCGCAGAUUUCACAAUGAGUUUUAAGGUAGGGUAGGCGAUUUUGGAGAGGCUAGCAAUAGCAAGCUAGCUUUGAAAACAUAAGAUCCCAUCCUCCCUGCAAAUCACUCUCCAAAGCCACGCCUCCUCCAAAUCACAUGAACGCGCACACAUGGUGCAGGAUUGAAGGCAGUGCUGUCAAAUUAUGUCAGGUCUCAUUCACCGGUGAGAAAACAUUAUAGUACAGCAGCAUAGUACAAGAGCAUAAUAUUACAAUUAUAACACCUUCCAUUCUCGCUCGGCUGCAAUAGCGUCUGCACAGACAGGGUGUGUGAAGGUAUGCAAAUGCAUAGGUUGACAGGCAGUUAGAACAGCCUAUCAUAGUCCUCGGACCGAGGGAUGUGACUGGACGAUACAUAUGCAUUCAUAUAAAAUUCACUGUCACUACAAUAUUGACAAUGGACCCUUUUUUUUGCUUGUGAAAUGAUUCUGAAAUUUGCUAAUGUGACCACAUCUUAAAUGCUGAUUCCGUCUGGGUCUGUGUAUUAUUCAGUGGUAUUUUAGCGUUAAGCAUAGUACUAGUGUGCAUAUCUGCCUCUCGGCCAUCUGUUUCAGGGCUACCUCUACUCUGCUCUCAGUUUUGCACUAAAGCAAAAGCACACUUUUGUUUUGCUUGUUACUAGCAUUUUCAUUUACACCCACUCUCAUGUUUCCAUUCACUAGAGAAAAAAAAACAACCCGGUUCGUUUGUCAUUAUAUUUACACUCCUUACGAUGAAACAUAUUCAGCCUGAAAGGAUAGAUGCAUACAUUCUAGAUGAUUUUAGAAUAGAGUUGAGAAAAUGUUUAGUUAUUAGAUACUUGAGGGGAUAAACUUGAAACAAUGUGAAUAAAAAUGAUGUUUUUAUGUGAAAAUUAUUCAAGCGGUAAGUCAUCAGAGAUGCGAUACUGAUGCGUGCAGUUACGUGGAAAAGUUCGCUAGAGAAAACAAAAACAAAUAGGUGAUUUUCUGUGAAAAUAAAUCUCUCGAGAAGAGCCAAACGCGGCACUUUGAUAAGGGAAUAUGUUGUAUUUUUGUACGGGGUAUUAUUGUGCGACCCCUGUUCUUUUUUGUUCGUUUUGAGUGAGGCGAAUAUUUUUACAGUAUCUUUUGCAUUUGUGCUUGUUCUUGAUUUGCGUGGAAAAUUGUUUUCUUGUGCUUAUUUUACAAUGUUAAACAUACAAGUAGUAGAUGUUUGUAAAAACAUAUUGUAGUCAUUGCUGCUGGGUGUCAGUUCAUAUGAUGAUGAUGAUGAUGAUGAUGAUGAUGAUGAUUCCACAUUUUGAGUAUAAAAUGACUGUGAGUGAACUAAUGCCAAGAGCUGUAGGUCAAGGAGCACAAGCGACCUGUAAGACAAGAAAAGUAAAGCUGUAUCUGUGUGUUUGUGUCGUGUUCACCGCUCACUGUAAGAUUAGAGUCACCUAUACGGUCUGUACUGGUCCUUGUGUGUGCAGUGUGAGUCAAUGUGGUCGACUUCUUCAGUGUUAAAUACAUGCACCGGUUAGCAACAAAGAGGUGCUCUGACAGACACCCUGUAAAUGAUUUGAUGCAUCUUCUGCCCUGUAUUUGUGUCUUUAUGCAAAGUCACCUUGAUAUGAACUGUGCUCUUAGGCAAUCAGGGAUGCCUUCACUUUACUCACAGAUCAUCACAGAUAUCAAUUUUAGGAUAAACACCUACACUUUCUUUGUCAUUUAUGGAUACUAUGUUUAGUUUUGUAACCCCUUUUUCGGUCGCCACAAGCAAUAAAUCUACAGGUCAGCAUUUAAGUGAAAACUUGGCAUCCCUGCCGCUGUAUCACUGUGUUUUACUUUGCUUUCAGACAGGAAGUAGCCAUGUCACUCAGUGCGCCCAUAUUUGUGCCAUCGUUACACAAAUUAAAACUCGGACUGAGGAUCCACGUGGGACCAAACGGCCAUUCUCGCUCCAUUUGCCUUGUUCUAGUGACAAGACCGUGUUCUUGGUGUCGAAAUGGUUUUACAUUCGUCGUGUUUUACUUUAUUGUAUUGUCUACCUCAGCACCAGUUGUUUGUGUAACUUUUAAAAGGUGCCCAAUUAUUGUUACUUUGUUUUGUGCAUAAAUUUUGUAUUAUAGCCUUGUAGGGUUUUUGUUCUUCUCUUUGUUUCAGCAUAGAGAUGCUGUUUUGAAGCACUGUGUGGUGAUUUUGAUGCUGCAGAUAGAGGUGUAGAUUCCUUUUCCCUUCUCUAUGUGGGUUCAGACACAUCUCUGUAUACGUCAGUGUUCUAAAAUAAACUUGUAACAGAAA